AUGGAAUACAUGGAAAAGAUUCACACAACUGAAGAAAUUCAGAUUUUGUAUGCGCCCAGGAAGAUAUCAGAACACAUUCACUAUAUCAAGGACCUGAUUGGAGCUGAGUAUGUCGGCAUUGGGGCUGACUUUGAUGGUGUCGACAGCGUUCCCCGAGGCCUGGAAGACGUAUCCAAAUAUCCAGUUCUGUUUGCAGAACUUUUGCGUAGCGGGCGCUGGAGUAUUCCGGAGCUGAAGGGAUUGGCAGGACUCAACUUCUUGCGAGUCAUGAGACGAGUCGAAAAGGUGAGAGACGACCUCCGGACGGCGGGUCAGACCCCUUAUGAACAAAAAGACACAAUACCAAAGGAUAAUUGUUCAUUUGAUAUAUUGAAGUAUGAACAUGACCAAUAUAAUAUGCCAACGUGAACAAAUGUGGAUUCAAAAUUCUUUACUAAUUCUGUAUAACAGAUAUUGAAGAAUGUCUGCCAUUGAACCAAAGUGUACGCGAUGUGCCAAAUUAGAAACUUUAUACAUAUAAUGUAUAUCCAAAACUGUUUUCAAUGAAAUCGUUUACUGUAUUACAUCUAUAAAUGUGUGUACAUAAAUAAUUGUAAUAACUUCAGAAAUAUACUCGAA